GUGAAAUUUCCGCCAUCUUGGUUUGUGCUUGGCUUCCGUUCUAGGUGGUCAUUUCUUCUUCUUUAUUCCAGCAUUUUCAGUGGAAUCGAGAAGUCAAUAAAAUAUCACUAUGAAUGGAAGGCAACCUGCGUGUGUCAUUGACAAUGGAACUGGGUAUACAAAAAUGGGAUUUGCAGGCAACACAGAGCCUCAGUACAUUAUUCCAACAGCUAUUGCCAUAAAAGAAUCUGCUAAAAUUGGUGAUAAAAGCCAGCGGAGGGCAGUGAAGGGUGUUGAAGAUUUAGAUUUUUUUAUUGGAGAUGAAGCUGUAGAUCGACCAAAUUAUUCUACCAAGUGGCCCAUAAGACAUGCUAUUGUAGAAGAUUGGGAUUUGAUGGAGCGAUUUUGGGAACAAUGUAUAUUCAAGUAUCUCAGAGCAGAACCUGAGGACCAUUACUUCCUUCUGACUGAACCUCCACUAAAUACACCAGAGAACAGAGAAUAUACUGCAGAAAUUAUGUUUGAAUCAUUUAACAUCCCAGGACUAUACAUUGCWGUGCAGGCAGUCUUGGCCUUAGCUGCUUCAUGGACAUCACGUCAAGUAGGAGAAAGAACAUUAACUGGUUGCGUCAUUGAUUCGGGUGAUGGCGUCACUCAUGUCAUUCCUGUGGCCGAAGGAUAUGUCAUUGGUAGCUGCAUCAAGCAUAUUCCUAUUGCUGGAAGRGACAUUACAUUUUUYGUSCAACARCUUUUAAGAGAAAGAGAGAUUGGUAUUCCACCAGAACAAUCCAUGGAAACUGCAAAAGCAAUCAAGGAACGAUGGGGAUAUAUUUGCCCUGACAUUGCCAAAGAGUUUGCAAAGUAUGARCAGGAGCCAGCGAAGUGGAUUAAAAAGUUUGAAAGUGUCAACUCUGUCACAAAAAAGCCAUACAGUGUUGAUGUUGGUUAUGAACGUUUCUUAGGACCUGAGAUUUUCUUUCAUCCAGAGUUUUCUAACCCUGACUUCACAACACCUCUGUCUGAAGUAGUUGAUAAYGUGAUACAGAACACUCCUAUUGAUGUUAGACGACCACUCUACAAGAAUAUUGUGCUGUCCGGUGGAUCAACAAUGUUCCGUGAUUUUGGACGUCGUCUUCAACGUGACAUUAAAAGGGCUGUUGAUGCCAGAUUGAAACUCAGUGAGACAUUGAGCAUGGGCAGAAUAAAGCCYAAGCCUAUUGAAACCCAAGUAAUCUCUCAUCAUAUGCAACGUUAUGCUGUCUGGUUUGGUGGAAGCAUGCUUGCCUCAACGCCUGAGUUCUACUCUGUUUGCCACACUAAAGCAGACUAUGAUGAACAUGGUCCCAGUAUUUGCCGUCACAAUCCAGUCUUUGGCGUCAUGUCAUAAUAACAUGAUAUAWCACUUAAUUUACACUGACUUGAGAUGCAUUAGUCAAAUUAAAACCCAGUUUUUAUAUAUGAUUUAUUAAUUCUGCAUAAAUACUGCAUUUCUUUGUUAAUAAAAGUGAACCUAGCCAUUCUGGAUAAAAUUUACACAUGUGAGGUUUUUAUCAGUUCUUGGGAAGUUUUCAAUGUGAACUUCCAGGAAACUGUCUGCAAAAUCAUGUGUAAUUUCGACUUAGUCAUAAGCGUAAAUGCAAAAAUCGAAAACAUAUAGAAACGUAAAUAUUCCAAAUACCUAUAAAUACGUUCAUUAGGAACAAACUUGUAAAGGAGGAAGGGUGAAGUGAAGCAAAAACAAACUUGAUUGCCAUCUUUUUUCAUCACAAAAUAUGGGAUUUCCGAGGGCUUAAGUAAACAUUCCUUUACUGUAAGAUAAUGAUUUUUUACCUCAAAAUAUUGAAAUGUUUAACAGCUUUAAGGUGUUUUUCAUUAUUUGAUAUUAAUAGAUGUGAAUCAUGUAAGAUUAGUCAAACCUAUUUACAUACUUCUCAUCAAGUCAGACUCUUGGAUAUCCCAUAGUUUCUUGGAAAAGAUGGCGGUACUUUUGGCAUUAAAAGGUCUAUUAGUUUACUGAAAAUUUAAGGCUGAAUUCACUGCAGAAUCAAGUCUUUGGUCGUGUGCUAUUGCAUUUUGUUUCUAGAUAAGCUUCACUGUUCACUAUACUUUCUCUAGAAUAGAAUGAAUUUUAUAUUUUUGUCAAUAAAUUUUGAUGAUUGCUAUCAA